UGUUGUUAACAUGUGAUCAUUACAAAAAGUACGAGAUAGUUCUUGUAAAUAGAUAAUGCACGCAUCUUAUCAGUUCAACAACAGAACAGAGCAGAUUAGUCAUUUUUGAGUAGAGGAAGUCACAAGAGAAGCAUAUAAUAAACAAGAGUUUGAAUUUGAAAUAAUCACCAUGAAUCUGCACUUGAUGUUUACAGUUUUAUUCUUGCCUGUCAUUUUAACGAUUUCAACAGCAUCGAGGAUGGUAUUUGAAGCAAACCCAAGCGUCAUCCACCAGAUCUUAACCAAAGAGCUCAAGAUGCGCUGUGCUAUAAAAUAUCAGUCAUGGCAAGUACAACGUCAGCAAAGAGCCGCAACCAUGACGUAUAGACCAGACACCUCGACAGUAGGCUACGACUUCACUACCACAGAGACACCUAGCAGUACUGGACUGACGUCGUUCGCUUCAAGUGCCCAGGUAGACAUUUCUCACGUGACUUCAAUCAUCAUCAAUAAAAUAAAUCCUGCAACAGGCAGUAGAGAAACAGUGGCCAGCGUGACGCCCUUUGACCCGGCCUCGUCUGAAGGACGUUACCAGGAGAACCUGAGAGUAGAGGGCAGCGGUACGACGUCACCUGUCCCAGGUGAGCUGGGUUACCUGCAGCUGACCUGGGACAGCCCUGUGGCAGAUCAAGCCGGUACCUACACGUGUGAAGUCUUUGCACUCAACGGUGAAAAACACUCCGUCUAUUUGAACGGUUCUAUUCACGUUGACGCCACUGAGCCGACCGUUGCGGAUCUAGUCAAGUACAUUAUCAUCCACCAGAAUCUGGUAGAAGAUCUACAAGAAGAAAAUCGACAACUACAACAUGAACUGAUGGACCUAAAGUUUAACAUCACUCUGCCUUUAUACCACGAGUUAAUGAACAUAAAACAGUCUAUAGAGGAAAUGAAGAAUACAGUCAAUCUACACUCAGCAGAGAUAAGCUUUCUAGCUGAAAACUUGCACAAUCUGACAACACCUGUAAACGUUACCACAGCAACCCCACUCCAAGUUUCUCCAACGGUACCAGUUGUGUCAUAAAACUGGCUGUCAAGAUAUUGUACUAAAGUUCAGACAGCCUUAAAAAUACUGCUCUGGAACUAUUUUUUGGAACAUGAUUUAUGUUGUUA